UACAGAAUGGCAUCGUGUCAGCUUGAGCUUGUGGAGAAGGAGGGAAGACUUUGAAUCACUUAGAAUAACGUGGCGUCUCCUGUGGGUUGAGGUUUUCAGUGUCGCCUGAGAGAUAAUGAGACACCCCAGCAGGGUGCCGCCUGGAGACAACAGAAGGGCGGGAAGGGGUUGCCUGAGGGAGUAAGACAAUUUGCUGAACAUCAUUUGAUAUAACAAACGAGAUGGCAGGGACAGCACGGCACGAUCGAGAGAUGGCAAUCCAGGCCAAGAAAAAGCUCACCACGGCCACUGACCCCAUUGAAAGACUCCGACUGCAAUGCCUGGCCCGGGGCUCCGCAGGCAUCAAAGGACUCGGCAGAGUGUUUCGAAUUAUGGAUGACAAUAACAACCGAACUCUUGACUUCAAAGAAUUUGUGAAAGGGCUAAAUGAUUAUGCCGUGGUCAUGGAAAAGGAAGAGGCAGAAGAGCUCUUCCGGAGGUUUGAUAAAGAUGGAAAUGGAACAAUAGACUUCAAUGAAUUUCUUCUUACAUUAAGACCUCCAAUGUCUAGAGCCAGAAAAGAGGUAAUUAUGCAAGCUUUUAGGAAGUUAGACAAGACUGGAGAUGGAGUUAUAACAAUUGAAGAUCUUCGUGAGGUAUAUAACGCCAAACACCACCCUAAGUACCAAAAUGGAGAAUGGACAGAGGAACAAGUAUUCAGGAAGUUUCUGGAUAACUUUGAUUCACCCUAUGACAAAGAUGGAUUGGUGACCCCUGAGGAGUUUAUGAACUACUACGCAGGGGUGAGCGCGUCCAUUGACACGGAUGUGUAUUUCAUUGUCAUGAUGAGAACUGCCUGGAAGCUCUAAAUGUAGGACCUGGGGACCAGGGUCUUGGGUAUGGCCACGUGGCUCCAAAUGGUUAAACAUCAGCUCCAAGCCGGGAUCAUAUUUGAUUUCAUGUUCAUCCCAGUUUCUUUCGUGUCAACGCACACUGCAUCUUCGGGGGCAGAAAAGACAGGAUGUAGUUCAUUGUGGCCUCACUUCGCUAAAGCUGUUUCCUUAGCUCUACUAGAGGGAUUAAUUAAAAUAAGAUUCAAAAAGCUACUAGAGCCGGGCUCUAGGAUACAUACAACUGUCUAAUAAACAUAGGUGUCUUCCUUGGCCAUAAAUAAAAGUUUGACUAUUUUAAUUACAAUCCCUACCCACGCCCCCAUGGUCUUUCACCACUUCAUUUUAGAUGGUCGGUUUCUAGGUGGGAGAAUUCACCUGUUUUUAUAUCUGAAUGUAAAUAUUUAAGUGCUUCAGUUCCAAAUUGGGACCAGAAGAACCACACAUCGGCCUCAAUUUUUAUAUCCGAAUCUUAAGUUUCUCUGCCAGUGGUUUAGGGAAGCCUCAGUUUGGUGAGUAGGUUUAGAAUGACAUUUUUGGGUCAUCUAAAGUGUCUGUGAGAGGGGAGGCCAUUUCCUUGAGCAGGUGAGCUAGGACCAUCUGUGUAGUUAAAGUCUCAGGCUGGGCUGUGCUCUCAGAUAUUAUGUGGGACCUCUUGCCCUGUGAGUGAGCAGACCGUAUCAGCAAACCUUGGUCUGGUGGAAUGUUCAUCUCCCCCGUCCCUGCCAUGGGCCAAUAAUAUUGACAUUCCUACCAGUACAAGGGGGUGGGGUACUUGAGUAGGUCUGCUACUCCAAGAUUUUCCAUCUUGACACUUCAUGGCACAAAGUGUUCUCCUCCCAGAUCUAAGCUUUGGCUUCAUAUUGUCAGUGUGUGAGACUCUCCCCAUGAAAGGCUUCUAACCAAAGGCAGUCCCAGCUACUAGCAAAUAGAUAUUGAAACCACCACUGUUGCUCUGUAUGUUCUGUGUCUGGGCCCAGAUGUAGAAGCACAGUGACAGCCCUUUGACUAUGACUACCUGCCUUGUUACUCGAGGACAGUCCUUUUUGUCAUCUCUGUUCCUGGCUGCAUUCAUCCCCUGCUUUGGGGAUGUGGAUUGAGAUAAUAGUCCCCUUUAUGAUCCCAUGUAUUUAAGUGGCUCUGGGUUUAGGGUCAAUCAAACACACUUGCUGUAUUUUGUACUAAUUCAUUUGUUUACUUUUUAUCUCAGAGAGUUGGAAGUGGAGAUCAAAAUACACAUUGAUUUAAAAUUUGUGAAAGCAGGUGUUUCCAGAUAAGAAUCAUAGAAGUUUGUUUCUUGUCAAGAAGCCAAUUUCCCACUUCCCUAUGACAGGCUGGACAAGUGACCUUUUUCUUGAGGAUAGUAGCAUCCCCAAAUUAUGGGAAGCUAGUUUUUCAGAAAUUGAUUGCACAGGUCUGGCUUUCCACUGACUUUAUUCUCUAGGCUUAUGUAGAGAUUGGCAGGCCAAAAGAUGCCAGGUAUUAUGAAGAAAUAUGUAGAAAUGAGGUAGAAAUCCAGAAGAGGUUAUGAUGGAAUGCACAGGGGGAAAAAUCCAUGUUUUCUGUAACCUGCACCUUGCAGAUGAUGGCGAAGGAGAGGUCUCAGGUUUCCUGGCAAUGAUUUCAAGUGUAUUGUUCUAAAUAGACUGUGCCUUUGAUUUUGGGAAUGACUCAUACCUCUGCUUAAUUGGAGAGUUAGCAUGUGAUUCUGAAUAAAGACUAGGUUGUAACUAUCAGCUUUGUCUUCCCCAGUCGUACUCUUGUUUCCUGUCUAAUUGGGGCAUGGCUAUCAGAUUUCAGAUAACCUGUACCUCAGCGUGUAUCUGGCCACAUUCAGAUGUCUCCCUUCCAGCAGGUCAGAUUCUGGGCCCACAAGUGAGGAUUUCACCAAGGACCCCCACGCCCGGUAAAAAAGAUCUAACAACCUGAUGGUCAAGAAUCAUUACAUUCCUAUUCUGAGUCUUAACUGUGAUUUCUGGCCUCGUCAGGGCUCACUCAUAAUUUAACUCUUACUCCUUCUGGUAGCAGGGGAGGAACAAACAGUCAUUUAAGAAAAAUCAUUUGCUAACAACACUUUUCUGGAUGUAUUUUCUAUUUAUUUGACUUACACAACUUAAAUAUUACUCCAUUUCCAAUUUAAAAAGUAAAUACCGAGGUCAGAAGCUAAACACAAUGAAAUAUCUCCAACCAUUAGGAGCACCUUACCUUUGGGGCCAGGACCCCAGACAGGAAGGAAGGAAACAAGCCAAAGAGAAGAAGAUGAGCUUAGCAGCUUUUCAUGAAACAGAAACAGUAUGUAAAAAUUCUGAGAAUCAGGAUUGGCCACAAGAAGCCACCAGUAUCAAUACUGAAUCUGGGUUCUAACCCUUUCCCCCGCCCUACCCCGCAAAGGCAAAACUAGGCAAGAAUGGUGGUCUGACCCUAACCAGCUUCUUCAAGGGCUGGUUCCCAUCCUGCCUGAAGAAGUCUUGGUAUUGUAGCCUGAGGCAGAAUUCUUCCAGCCCAUUUGCACGGCUAAUUUUCCUAGACAUUCGAACCUUGAUAGGAUUUUGUCCCAGACCCAAAUGACACGCUGGAGGGUGAUGCAUGGCUCUUUGUAGUUUGGUGGCAACACGGAACAACACUUCAUACCCUAAGAGCAGCUUUUUAAGGCAGAGCUGGGUCCCCGCUUAGUAGGCUGCAGAUUGCCUUUGUCACAGUUCAAGGUUGAAUACAUCCCAUCAGUAAAUAUUUUUUGAGUCACUACCAUGUGCCCUGUUCUACUGUAGACUUUGGGGGUAGAGGAAGAAGCUAUAGGAUAAAUGCAAACAAAACCACUGGCUUUGAACCCAAACCAAGAGCCCAGAGUUCAGAGAUAAGAGAGGAGGUGAAGCAUCAGCACUGAAGGCAGGAUAGUUGGGGCCCUUCCUAUGGCAGUGUGCUGUAGGACCAUGCAGUAAAUUUAUUGAAUGUAGGCAGUCUAUCAUGACACUGCCAGGAAAAGACGCCUUUAUUCUUGGAGGCAGGUCACAGUCAGCGUUUCACUUCCCUUGGCCACUGUGAAUUGCCUCACUGAGCCACGAGAGUAUAAGUAGGUAAUGAUCCAACCCUCUUUAGGCAACCUACAGAGGCAAUUUAUUCUGCUGAUGUUUAAUCAAGUGGAGAGAUGAAAUUAACCAAAUAUGUAUUCUUGGCUGGUGUGGGGGCCCUUCUGCUCCUCCUUCAUGAAAUUCUACUAACACCCUCUGAGUGGUAUACCUUUUUGGAUUUAUGCACAACCCUCUGGAGCAUAAAAUGAACACCCCCUCCAAAUUCCAGUUUUUCAGAUCGGUCUUGCUUUCCUGGAAAUUAUAAGCUGCUGUUGUAAAUUAAGAGCUUGUUGAAAGAAGCAGCAAGGUUUUCAAUUUUAGAAAUGCUUAUGAUUCAAGGAAAAAUAAAGCUGCCAAAGGAUCUGAUAGGUUGUCAUAUAAUGUCAUCUUCAUGUAACUGAUCCUUUGGAAAGCCAGUUUCUAAGUGUGCUUCUACUCCUCCAAGAUGCUGAUGUGGAAACUACAUAACUUCGAUGAGAUAACUAGUUUUUCCCUUGUCUUAAAAAAAAAAAAACUUACUAAAUGAAUCCCUUAAAAUUAUGUCUUAUAAGACAGAUGACGAGUGAAAUCUGUUGAAAGAAACAUAAACAAAUGAUUGAUGGGGGUUCUGAGAAGCUGCUGUGUGAGAAGAGUUCUUUUGCCACCUCAGUUGGUGUGGUGAGAAGCUUGUGGUGAAGCAGCUCUUCCUCUCUGAGAAUAGCAUGACCUUCUUGUUUUAUUUUCACACCUGCUUCGCCAAAGCCAGUAUCUUCCCUCAGCAGAAUAGAGUGAAAGGUGCUCUUUAGGAGUGAACCCACUGAAAAUGUGAGCCACCGACCAGUAGCUGAGGUUUUGAUAAUGGAACUUGCAACAACCAGAAAGGUAUAUCAUAUCAGGGAAAGAAAAAUCUCAAAAUGAACUGGCCUGUUCUAGAGUCUUCUUACUCUUCAUAAAUGGAAUUUAUUUGUUUAUGAUUUCUCUGGAGUAUGAUACAAAUUCUAACAGCCACUGAACAUGGUUGAUGCCAUUUCUGUUUCACCAAAGUUCUUGUAAGCACCAUGAGUUUCCUGUUCUCACUCUCGUUCCCAACAUGGGGACAAGUGCCGCACGGCUCAGAUGUGUCAUUCUGCACAAGACCCCAUAAUAAAUUUAAGAGGGACCCUGUGACUCAGAGCUCAAGCACCUGAAAUUUUGAAGCAAGAUCUGAGUAUGUAGUUUGUAAUCCUGUCAUGAAAGACUUGAAUAACUUUUUCUUUACAAACCUUUGCACUUGGCACUCAGACACGGGUAUUGAUUCUGGGAACAUCUUGAUCUUAUACUUGAAAGGUUUGAGUUGCUGGUCUCCUAGAAACACUCAGACCACAUGCGGAACUGAUGAUGGCCCAUGCUCUGAGAGAGCCUUGGAACAGAAAAGGAACCUGUAAUUGAGAGAAAAUGACAGAUGGCAGAGUAGCUUCUCUUGCUGGGGUGAUAGUGAGCCUCCGAUUGCUUCCACCUUGAUGGGAUAAAGUGCAGCACAAACGCAGAUCAUUACCAAAUGUCAGGCAUUACCUUCUGAAAUCCAGAUCAUUCUUUUAGUUUCCAAGGGGACUGCAGAAUAAACUCUGUUCCACAGAUUUCAUCCUGAGUCAUGCCUAAAAUCUCAUUUAGCAACAUCAUUCCACAACCAUUUAUUUAAGAUUAUCUUUGAAGUGCACAGUAAAUAGAGUAAAUCACCAUUAAUUUAAGCUCCUCUAAUUGAGCUCGCUUAGGUAGGGUUUGAGUGAAAAUUUACUUCCGUCUCACCAACACUAAAAAGAAUGGGUUCUUAAGCAAGUCAGUAUAUAAAGUUUAUAAGAGCUCUGUGCUGGCUUAUGUGCAUGUAUGUUUUACAGGUACUUGGAGAUAUCUGUUUGCACAUAAAUGUAAUUAAAAUUCUAGUCAUAAAAAGUUCCCAAAUAUCUGAAAACGGCCCUAGGCCAAUUGUUCGUUGGCAAUACUUUAUUUAUCUAACUGUGACUCAAACAAUUUCUAGAUAGUGAAGAGUUCCUAUAUGUAAAUCUUAUCCUGAUAAUAUCUUUAAUUGAAAUUGAAGCUGAAAAAGUGUUUUAUAAAACAGAAUUUCAGUGACAUUUAUGAUAUAAAUUUUCAAAUAUUUUGUUUAAAAAAUCUAUACAUGCUUGUAGUGGGUAAGCUAUGUAUGCAUUGAAAGCAAGAAUUUGUCAUAAUGGCAACAGUUAAGAUAUUGCUUUGAGGAACCAGAAAUUGAGAAGAUUUUGAGCUACAAAGUUAGAUCUGAUUUAAUAUCUAAUACCAACUUUGUCAAUUUAUCACAUUAUCAUAUUGUGUCUUGCCAUUCACGUGAUUUUCUAAUUUAACAGAAUUCCCUCAAUUGAAGGCUUGAAACAUUAACAACUCUGUAUUAAAAAAGUUCAUCUAGCUUUUGUUUCUGUUUUAAAGUCUUUCCAAAAUAUUUUUCUCUUUAAUAGCUAACAUGUUACAUAUCAUGCUUCUUUAAAAGUUUACUUCCCAGAUGGUGCUUUUGGAUCAUUUAAAAUGUUGCUUGUGUGAUAAUUCAGUUGAAGGUGAUGAAAUUUCUUCUUUGAAAAUGAUAAGGCCCUUUUCAAAUUGUACUUGCUCAUGUUUUUAAAAGGACAAAAUGUAACUUUACCCCCCACCCCCAAUUAUUUUGACAGCCAAGAAUGAGAGUUUGAAAAUUUGAUGUCUAUAUUCCUUUUCCUGCAGGGUUGGACUACUCCCAUUUGGCAGGCCAAGCAAGUUCCCGCAAUGCCCAGCCUCUGAGUGGUACCCCUAAGACUGUGGGGAAUAGAAUACUCUGUGUGUUUGUAUUAAGAAACAGGGGGAGUUAAGAGGGAGGACAAAGAAAUGGAACCCACAGGCAGAUUUCUGCUCUUUUAAUUUCAUUGCCCAUUAUAGGCUUCACAGGGCCAAUGACGAAACACUAAUACACAUCCUGACCAAAAUGAGAAGUUUGCCUUUUAGCACCUCCCAUGUGGCUAGUGCCUUACAUCCUGCUAUUGAAUCCCAGCCAUCGUGGAUUCCUGGGUGUCCAAGGAUCCUGAGAAGCACAUUCUCUAGUUCUAUCCUUUAUUUCAGUCAUCUUACUUAAACUUCCUUUCCUUAAAGAGCUUUUUUACCUGUACAUUUAUGCUAUAAAUUUCUCUAUUCUAAAGUAUUAAUAAUAAUCAUAAGUAUAAUCAUGCCAAGUGUGCUCUGGAGUAGAAUGGUCCCAUUGGACCUUAUGUGAUGAUGGAAAUGUUCUCCAUCUAUGCUCUCCAAGAUGUCAGCCUCUAGCCACAUACAGUGAUUGAGCAUUGGAAAUGUGGCUAGUGCAACAGAGGAAUUCAGUUUUUCAUUAUGUUUAAUUUUAACAAAUUUAAACUUAAAAAGCCACGUGUGAUUAGAGGCUACAGUAUUGGAUAGCACAGCUCUAAACAUUUUUAUCUUAAUGCAAAAAGUGAUGGCCAGUGGGCAGGUGGGUCUUUAGCCUACCGUGCAAGGGCCCCACCUCAGAGGGGAGGGGCAAGCCAGGUUCCCUGAUCCCCAGUUACCUGACUCUGCUUGAUUGUCAGUGGCAGAUCAGACUCCACUGAAAACAUUUCGGGGAGAAUGUAAAAUGCCUUACCAUGUCUCACAUAUUUUGACACCAUUUCCUUCUUUUUCCCCUGCCUUUUACCCCUCUCAGGUUUCGAAAGAAGAGUUUUUGAACUAUUACGCUGGUGUCAGUGCUUCUAUUGACACUGAUGCCUAUUUCAUUUUAAUGAUGACAAAAUCCUGGAGAUUAUGACUUUCUGUCUGUUAAUUCUUUUGGA